CUUGGCGGCGGAGAAAAUAUCGGAGAAUUGUGAAUGGCGUCAACCGGCGCUAAGUAGGCGAAUGUCGAAGCGACCUCCCCAUCUCGGCCGGCCCCGCACCCGGCAUAAUCGGUGUGGUGAUACUACCUCUUGCCAACUUCAUGACGCCAUCGCCGUAGCUGCACACCGAGAGGCCUUACCGACUUCAAUUCUCCGCUCGUUUCUCCGCACACGUUACUUGUGAUAGCCUCAACAUGUAACGCGAUGGCGGGGGUCAGCAUCUCUAAAUAGUGACCUCCAUCCGCAUGUUGUCGGUCACGAUGGUUCAUCUCUUGAUCACCCGUCCUCAUCUCAUUCCAUUCGACCCGAGUUGUCUGCCUGACAACCGGUCUCUUCAACAUGGGCAAAAUCGACGACAUCGAGAACCACACCAAGGGUUCGCCAACAGCGACCCUCAACCGCGGUGACAGCCACGACGGCAAAGCAUCACUCAAGGACUCCGAGCCUCAUGUCGGUCGCUCUGAGCUGAGCGAUGUCAUCCCUCCUGAUGAUGGCUAUGAGGGAAAGCACCGGUGGGAUCCAUUGGCGACAUGGACCCCUGAGGAGGAGAAGGCCGUGGUGCGCAAGACCGACAUCUGGUUGCUCUCCUGGCUCUGUGUCAUGUUCUUCGGUCUUCAACUUGACCGUGGUAACUUGGCAAACGCUCUGGCUGACGAAUUCCUGGACGAUCUCAACCUCUCGCGCGACGACCUUAACAACGGUAACACCAUCCAGUUGGUUGCCUUCUUGAGCGCCGAGUUCCCUGUUCAGUUUCUGACCAAGCGUUAUGGUUUCCGUUAUGUCCUUCCGGCCAUGAUGUUUGCGUGGGGAACUGUCUCCUGGGGUCAGGCAUGGAUUCACGACCGGGCAAGCUUUUAUGUUACCCGUGCACUUAUUGGUGCUUGCGAGGGUGGUUUCAUUCCGGGUGCUAUUCUCUACGCGACCUACUUUUACACCUCCUCCGAAUUGUCGACUCGUCUGGCGGUGUUUUGGUCGACUUUGAACGUUGCACGCGUCAUCUCGGCUUUGUUGGCGGCUGGUAUUCUCAAGAUGCGUGGUAUUGGUGGCCACCCGGGGUGGUUUUGGCUGUUUUUGCUUGAGGGUCUUCUUACUGUUCUUCUGGCUUUCAUCUCUUUCAUCUACCUUCCCGCGGCUCCUACCAAGACCACGGGCGUUCUCUUCCGCGAGUCUUGGUACACUGAGCGCCAGGAGGUGAUCAUGGUCAACCGUAUCCUCCGUGACGAUCCCGCUAAGGGCUUGACUCUGCUCAACGAGCCGGCCACCUGGCAAGACGUCAAGGCUACCUGGACAGACAAGUCUCUCUGGGGACUCUUCUUCAUCGGCCUCAUCGCCUACAUUCCCGCAACCCCAGUCCAGGGCUACCUCACCCUGACCCUUCGCGACCUCGGCUUCACCGACAGCUUCGAGAUCAACAUGCUCACCAUCCCGUCGGCCGUCCUCCAGAUCAUCACCAUGCUGAUCCUCGCCCGGUCGAGCAAGUACUUCAACGAGCGGACCUUCCACUGCUUCGUGGGCGAGUUCUGGGUCAUGCCGCUGCUCAUCGCCUUGAUCACGCUGCCUGACGGAGGUCGUGAGUGGGGGCGGUAUUCGUUGAUCACGCUCAUCAGCGGGUACCCUUACUUCCAUCCUAUUGUCACUUCUUGGAUCUCAGAGAACACUUUUGAUGUCAAGAAGCGGGCUAUUGCGGCGGCGACGUAUAAUGUUAUUGUGCAAGUUGGUAGUCUGAUUGGCAGUCAGAUUUAUCGCGACUACCAGAAGCCGUAUUAUAAGAUUGGUAAUACCACGCUCGUGUCUAUCAGCGCGUUGGCUUUGAUCACAUUUGUUGUUCAGAGAUUCGUCUUGGUUGGACUCAAUAAGAAGAAGGAGAAGGAGUGGGAGAAGAUGUCGAGGGAGGAGCAGUUGGCUUAUCAGAAUGAUGUGACGGCCAGAGAGUUGGAUGGGAAUAAGCGGUUAGAUUUCCGGUUUGUAUACUAGAGGGACACCAGUACCAGCACUGGAGAUGUCUUGAAUGAUAGUUCUAGGGUUACAAGUUGACACCAGACAUUAUUGAUCUUCC